AUGACAAAUGACACUAGUAAAUUAAAUAGUACAUCAGCAAAUAAUAAAGCACGUCCAUGGAUUCAAACUGGCCGAUUUGAAUUUGAAACCGUAUGUCGAUCGACGUUGUGUCCAAAAGAAUGGCUUCAAGUAGAGAAGAUUCAUGUGUGUGAAUGUUGUUUGAAGACAACGAUUCAUGAAACAUCUGCACGGCGUCAUCGGACAAAAUGCACACAGACACAUCCUCCCGGUUGUGUUAUUUACAGUCAAAAUGAUGUAAAUAUCUUUGAAGUGCUUGGUUGGAAAGCACAAACUUACUGCGAGGAUUUAUGUUUGCUCGCCACAUUAUUCAUCGAGAGCAAAGUUGAAAUCAAAAACGUCCAUCGGUUUCGUUUCUAUGUCUUAGCUGUUUCCCAUAGCGAAAACCAAUACCAUUUCGCUGGCUUCUUUUCUAAACUUCAAUUUCAAGAAAGACUCAAUCUUUCAUGCCUUCUCAUCCUACCACCAUAUCGCAAUCGAGGCUUCGGAAGUCUAAUGGUUCAUAUCAGUUAUGCGUUUAGUCACUUAGCCAACGUUCAUACCGGCACACCGGAACGUCCUCUGUCCACUCAAGGUUUACUCUGCUAUAGAAAGUAUUGGAAAUCGAAAAUCUUUGACUAUCUUCUUACUAAAACAAACGAAGACCAACUUGCAAUCAACAGUAUUAGUAAAGCAACAUCGAUUUCGACGUGUGAUAUUAUUGAAACUUUAGCAUCACUGAACAUGAUACGAAUGUUAGAAAAGGACAGAUUGAUUAUCUAUCGUUCUCAAGAAUUACUUGAUGAGUAUGUAGAAAAAUCGAGAGAUGCUCAAGUCCGACCGGAAGUCGUUACCUUCGAUUCGAAGUACUUCAAGAUCAAAUCAACAUCGAUUACCUUACCAUUUGAAAACAAAUGUAAACGUCUAAAAUUCGAUGAUGAUGAAACAGCGAUGACAUUUUUGAAUUAUUAUCCAUCGUCAAAAACAGAUCAGCAAUCAGAUUAA